AUGUCAAAGGGCUACAGCCACACUCAGGCGCCUCAAGUCCACCUGUGUUUCAUCCUGGUCAUACUCUCCAUGUUCCUCGGAAUCACGUGGUAUAUCAACUACGAGUCCAUCUUCCAACCACUCUUCCACCAGAUCAAACUGUUCCUCAUAGUGUCGCCGCUCCUCCUCCUCCUCACCCUGCAUUUGUUCACCGCCUUCAACGCCUCCUUUUCCUCUCGCCCACUGCCGGAGCAGAACCGCGCCGGCGGCACGCCCUGGGGGCUCGGCCUGCUCCUCUUCCUCCUCUUCCUCAUGAUUUCUUAUCACUCCGAUUUCCAAGACCGCUUGUUUCCACUUCUUAGUUGA